AUGCCUGCCUGUCGCCUCUGCUUGCGGGCCGCAGGCCUUUUGGGACUGCUGCUGCUCACCCACCUCUCAGGCGCAGGUGCGGGAGCCGAGAAACCCGGCGUGUGCCCCCAGCUCCAGAGCAACACUGAUUGUGUGAAGGAGUGCUCCUCGGACAACAACUGCCAGGACAACCUCAAGUGCUGCCAGGCCGGCUGCAGCUCUGUCUGUUCCCCGCCUAAUGAAAAGCAGGGCGCCUGCCCCAGUGUGGACUUCCCCAAGCUCGGCAUCUGCGAGGACCAGUGCCAGGUGGACACUCAGUGUCCUGGCAACAUGAAAUGCUGCCGCAAUGGCUGUGGGAAGAUGACCUGUGCCACACCCAAAUUCUGA